AUGUCAUCGACUAUUUUUUCUGGCACAAAUGAUGGGCUCCAAAUUGGACACAACCAGGGUCCGAUUGAAGCAAAGUUCUGCGCGUAUAACGCUGAAGAUAUCGAUCGGUUUUGUCUCCGCGAGCUACGCUGUCCCGACUCCUUGGUUGUUAAAAAUCGGUUGAAAGAAACCAAGGACAAGUUACUCCCCAAAUCGCUUGAAUGGAUUUUUCAAGAUCCGCAGUAUGCGAGUUGGCGAAGUAGCGACCGUGUCUGUCUGCUUUGGAUCAAGGGCGGCGCUGGCAAAGGGAAGACAAUGAUGUCGAUCGGUCUUAUUGAGGAGCUCACACGAGCACGCCAUGAGUCUACGGUGGUGUCUUAUUUCUUCUGCCAAAAUGCCGACAAUGAACUUAACACCCUUCAAGCGAUUAUCAAGGGUUUGCUUCUGCAAUUAGUAAACCAGCGGAUCGAGCUUAAAGAUUCUCUACGAUGCCGCUGGGACACUGUGCACAAUCGGUUUAAUGAGGACGUUAACUCAUGGCGUAAUCUAUGGAAUAUCCUGAUGGAAAUGCUGGAUCGAUGCCAGUGCUCGAAGGUAUAUAUCAUUGUGGAUGCUCUCGAUGAGUGUCAAGAUAACGGUUUGGCCGACUUCUUUAAGUGUAUCGUCCGAAAUGGAUUGGACCAUCCCGCCAAAAUCAAAUGGCUCAUAACAAGCCGACCAUUGGAUAGCGCAGAGCGGGCAUUACUAGCUGGACUUGACCAGGUGCAAGUUAGCCUAGAGCUCAACUCGGAGUAUAUCUCGGAAACUGUUGAGGCUUAUAUCACUCACAAAGUGAAUGAGCUCGGUAAAUUCCAGAGAUACGAUGAAACUCUGAGGACAAAAGUGAAGAUGGAGCUUACUGCGAAGGCUGAGGGGACCUUUCUGUGGGUAAGCCUAGUAUGCAAGAAACUCGAGAGUGUCUACAGAGAUGAUGCUUUGGCCACAAUUCGAAACUUACCGCCUGGCCUACAUCCUUUCUAUGAUCGGAUUUUGAAUCAACUCAGCAAAGGCGAGGCAGAUGAUGUCCAGAAGUGUAUGCGGCUGCUUAAGGUUAUGAUGCUAGCCUACCGACCUUUGAAAGUGGAGGAAAUUCCUAGUCUGACUGGCCUGACUGACGAGAACGCUAUUGAAACAUUGGUCAAUCGCUGUGCUUCAUUGAUCAGGAUGCAGGCAAACAACAUUGAAUUUGUUCAUCAGUCUGCUCGAGACUACUUGGCCGGGAAGAACGGACAAUCUAUCCUCGACUCCUGUGAACACUUCGGCCAUGAUAAUAUUCUACUAUGCUGUCUAUCUUAUUUAUCUAAAUCGCUCAAGGUCAAUCUCCUUGGAUUAUCGCAACCUGACUCAACUAGGGAAUCCUUGAGAACGCCGAAACACAAGAGAGAAAAUGACUUUCUGGCCGGUGUGGACUAUGCAGCUACGUUCUGGGUGCGACAUCUCCAGAACACUAAGCGAGCAAGGAGCGGAAUUACUGAGAAGGGCGUGGUUGCCAAUUUCCUCUACACAAAGCUGUUGGAAUGGCUGGAAUGCCUGAGUUUGUUAAAUCAGCUACCACGGGCUAUCGAAGGUCUCAAAACGCUGGCAAACAUAGCAAAGGUUGGAUCUCAAUAUUCCUACAAUUGA